GGACAUGCAUGGCAGAGCCUAAGAGACUUCGGAGAAGGGAUGCAACAGAGCAAUCCGGUUCCCUUUGGAAAGCCGCUGUGCCUUGCGGCUGCCGUAGAGGAGAGAGAAAUCUAUUGAGUUUACGCAAAUAUGGCUGCUGCCUUCCGAGCUGCGAGUCGAGUCUUGCAUCCAUUUGCAAAAAGGAAUAGCUGGAAUCAGACAAGGGUCCAGUUGCAUUGGAGAUGGCAGUCAACAGCCGCUGUACAAAAAGCAAAGCCACAGAUUCAACCUGAAAAGAGGAAACCUAAAACAGGGAUCCUAAUGUUAAAUAUGGGGGGCCCAGAGACCUUAGAAGAUGUCCAUGAGUUCCUGCAAAGACUUUUUCUUGAUAGAGAUCUAAUGACACUUCCGGUGCAAAAUAAAUUAGGACCUUUUAUUGCAAAGCGACGUACUCCAAAAAUCCAAGAACAGUACAGGCGGAUCGGGGGUGGAUCACCUAUUAAGAAAUGGACCGAGACCCAGGGGGAAGGCAUGGUGAAGUUGCUGAAUGAAAUGUCUCCUGAGUCUGCUCCACAUAAGUAUUAUAUUGGCUUUCGCUACGUCCAUCCUCUGACGGAAGAAGCGAUCGAAGAGAUGGAGAGAGAUGGUAUUGAAAGAGCCAUUGCCUUCACACAGUAUCCACAGUAUAGCUGCUCCACCACAGGAAGCAGUUUGAACGCAAUAUAUCGCUACUAUCACCAAAAAGGAGAAAAACCAAAGAUGAAGUGGAGUACGAUUGACAGGUGGCCAACACAUCCUCUCCUCAUUCAGUGUUUUGCAGACCACAUAAAGAAGGAACUUGACUUAUUUCCACCGGAUAAGAGAAAAGAGGCAGUGAUACUUUUCUCUGCUCAUUCUCUUCCAAUGUCAGUAGUUAAUCGUGGUGACCCGUAUCCACAAGAAGUGGGAGCUACUGUUCAAAAGGUGAUGGAGAAACUCGGCCAUUGUAAUCCAUAUAGGCUUGUUUGGCAGUCCAAGGUCGGCCCGAUGGCUUGGUUGGGUCCUCAGACAGAUGACACUAUUAAGGGUCUUUGCCAGAGGGGAAAGAAGAACAUUUUGUUAGUUCCGAUUGCAUUCACCAGCGAUCACAUUGAAACCCUCUAUGAGCUUGACAUUGAAUAUGCACAGGUCUUGGCCAAUGAGUGUGGAGUUGAAAAUAUCAGAAGAGCAGAAUCCUUGAAUGGAAAUCCAUUGUUCGCCAAGGCUCUGGCAGAUUUGGUCUGCUCACACCUCAAGUCGAACGAACUAUGCUCCAAGCAGUUAACACUGAGUUGCCCGCUUUGUGUGAAUCCCACUUGCCGAAAAACCAAAUCCUUCUUCACCAGUCAGACACUGUGAAGAUAUACACUGACAGUCGGUUCAUUGGCAGGAAGUAGACAAUACAGAUUCUGUGAAACGUGCCCAUUUAUUCUGCCUUCUUUUGCCCCUCUCAAGCCGCGUUUUGCUCUCCAAGUGGAAUUUGCACAGAGGUGGAAGAAAUACUGUUAAAAAUCUUUUUCCACCACUUUGGGGGUUUUCUCUUGACGAAUUUUGCAUUGGAAGGGACACCACAUUUUAAGGGCUUCAUCCUCUGAGUUGCCGAAAAUCCACAUUUUAUAAAAUCAAACAGAAUGCACGAGGUUCUUCGUAUCCGAUGGCCUCUGAAGGAGAGCAAAAUUUUGGUUCACGUUGCAGGAAUCAACCCUUCCUCAAAAUGGUGAAGCUUGGCUCUAAAAGAACCGCGUCCAAGGUUUUGAGCCAAGGAUGCAGGUUGAGUGUCUUUGCAGAAAGCCUUUCUUAAAAAUACUUGUCAUAAAAAUAUUUAAGCUAAACCUUCCUGGUAAAAUUCUGCCAUUUUGGUGGGUGUUUUUUUUUUUAGGCAAAAUAGACCUGGCAUUAGAGCUUUGUAACUAAUAACAGUCUGAUGAUGAAACUACUUUAGUUUCCCAAUAAUUUCAGCUGACAUCUAGCGUGUAGAUAAAUAAUUUGUUUUUUUAAAAAAAAAGAAUAGUAGGUAUAUAUUUUUAAUUUGAUAUUUCUUUUUGUAGGCAGUCACAAUUUCCUAUUUCCACCAUGCAGAACUGAAGCAGUAUCCCAAUUGUGUUUGCAAAGUUGUGUUUCCUAAGGCUUUGCUAUAUUAGUCUUUUGUCAUGAAAAUUGCAGGAGGUCUUGCAUUAGCUCAGUGUUUCUCAAUCUGAACGAUACUGAGAGGGGUGGACUUCAAAUCCCAGAAUUCCCCAGCCAGCAUGCAUCCAUCUUAGGUUCAGAUUGAGAAACAUUGCAUUAGCUUAAAGACCAACAGACUAUGUUUAACUGUCAACGGUAUGAGCAGCACACAAUCACACUACUUAAAGUGGCACUGAAAAGUUUGUGAACCUGUUUGACUUCUCAAUAUUUCUGCAUAAAUAUGAUCUAAAAUGUUAUCUGUUCUCCACACAAGUCCUAAGCCAAGAUAAGGAGAACCCAGUCAAACAACUGAGCCAAAACCUUUCCACUUGUUUAUUUAAGUGUUUCUUCUGGUGAGACCAGUCUAUCGGGGCAACCUGGUCUACCCAAUUAUGGAAUGGAGCAUACUGGUUCCGCUUUUGCCUUUCAGCCCCAAUCCAGGAGCCUUUGAAGGCAGUCGCUUUCUUGAAAAACUAUUUUUGUGUUGAAUUUAUAUUUACCGACAAAGAAAUAAAGGGAGACUAGUAUUCAACACAUAAAAAUUGUUUGUCGCGAAAGCGACUGCCUGCGAAGGCUCCUGGAUUGGGGCUGAAAGGCGAAAUGUUCCGUCCCAUAAUUGGGUACACCAGAUUGCCCCGAUAGACCAGUCUCACUGGAAGAAACAAUCACUCCUCUGGUAUAGCUGACAAAGUGAGGAGAGCCCGUGGCUUAGAGGUUAAUACAUCUACCUAAUAUGCAAGUAGCCCAGGUUUGAAUCCCAGAAGGGUAUGGCUAGCUGAUGAGAGCUAAAUAGCUUGAAAUAGAUCUAUACUAUCCCUUUAGGGACGUGGUGGCUCAGUGGCUAAGAUACUGAGCUUGUCAGUCGAAAGGUUGGCAGUUCAGCAGUUCGAAUCCCUAGUGCUGUGUAAUGGAGUGAGCUCCUGUUACUUCUGCCAACCUAGCAGUUCGAAAGCACGUAAAAAAAUUUCCACUUGCAUGUAAAAAAUGCAAGUGGAAAAAUAGGGACCACCUUUGAUGGGAAGGGAACAGCGUUCCAUGCACCUUUGGUGUUUAGUCAUGCCGGCCACAUGACCACGAAGAUGUCUUCCGACAGCGCUGGCUCUUCGGCUUUGAAAUGGAGGUGAGCACCACCCCUUAGAGUCGGGAACGACUAGCACAUAUGUGUGAGGGGAACCUUUACCUUUAUCUAGUCUCCCUUAAUUUCUUUCUUGGUAGAUAUAAAUUCAACACUUGUUUAUUUAUUCAUUGAGGAAAAUGAUCCCAUGUUAAUUAGACACAAAAAAGGGUUUGCAAACUUUUAAGCUCCACUAUAUGUCAAAAAUGGCCUUUUUCUUCUUCUUCAAAAGCAGGAUCCCUUCCUACAUCUUCCAAAAGUGCCUAAUGUCUCACCAGCCUUGUAUCAGGAAAGCUGGCAAGGCUUUAAAUAGCGGUGGAUAUGGAAAGUUGGUGGCUGGCAAGCCUUUGGCAGUGAUUUUAGUCAUAGAAAUCUUGGAUUAUCUAGCUCCUCUAGAAUGCAAACUCUCUUCCUUGGAGGACUGAACACGCCGAACUGGGCAAUUUGAUUGGGUGAUGAUGUUCCUUCCUUGGUGAGGCUCAUGGGGUGGCAAUACACUUUAAUCCAAACCAAACCAAGUCUGUUUGGGGGUUUUAAGCUCCCCAUUCUAACCACACAGCCCUCUGGAUGUAGAUAACCUGCAAAGCACAGGUAAUCCUGCUCAUGUCCUAGUCAAUUAUAUCAUGUGAAUACAGCCAUUCUUGCAGGAACUAACUGCACUUCAUUAGAAUGUAAUUCAUGGAAGUUUACGUGAUAACAUUUGUUAAUCUUUCAGGCAUCAUUAAAAUUAUUUUUCUGAAAAAUUUA